GCCGUUUCCAGCCGGCGGCCUUAGGCUGCUGCACGGCGCUGGGCGGGGACGCGCGAGGUGGCGGGAGCCGUUCGAACCGCCGCGAUGUCAGCUAAGAGGUCGCUGAAGUUGGACAGUGUUAAGAAACAUAAUCCAGUUGAAGGAAGCCCUUCAGCCAAGCAGCAGCAGCAGAACUACUCACCAACAACAGGAACACGCCAGAUAAGUCCAUUUUCAUCUCCCUCAAGUCAUAAUGCAGAGGAUCUCAGGAACGGCUUAUCACAUGGAGGUGAAACUACUUCAGAAAGCAGAUUAUCCAGAAGAGGGCAGCCUCAAACAGUGAAGGAUGCGUUUGCAGCCUUGCAGUCCAACGUGAAAAGAUCCUUGGUGAGAAUUCUGAAAGCAAGAGAAAACCUGACAAGCCUACAGGCUUUAGAGGGCAGCAGAGAGCUGGAAAAUAUCAUCGGUGUCUCCGACUCGUCUUGCGCCUUGAGCGCUGAAGUGCAGAAAACCCAAGCGCUAAUGAGCCAAGCAGAAGAACUGCAGCUGUUGAAAAGGAACCACGGACACCUUCCUGCCCAAGCUCAGCCUGAACUCUUGCACUAUUCAAAUGGAGAUUUCAUCUUUUCAGCUAUUUUGUUGUUCUGAGUAUUGCUCCAUAGAAGUGUGUCUCAUUAACAGCCCUGCACCUGAGGCACGAUCCAGAACUCAGUGCACUCAGGCCCUUGAGACUUUCCCUGCCCUUCAUACAUCCAAGUUAUCUUUGUUCUCUCACUCUCCUCUCUCUCCUCGCAUUUGGAGAAUACAAGCCAAGUAACACGCGCUGCCUGCAGCAGAACCUUGAUCGCCCUGUACGUACUGGGAGGUGCUUAGCACGCUCCAGGGGACUGUGAGAUCCCAGCUAUUAGGUUUCCUCAUAAGUAGGCCUGUGAAAACAUGUGAAGUUGGUGGCGUUUGAUCUCACGUGGCCACACAGCCCCUUCAAUGCCUUGGCUAAGGGAAGUGGGGGGGACGCUCAGACUCCUCUUGUCCUGUUCAAAAGAGCACAGCCACUGUCAGGCAGUGCUGGUGCUGAGCUCUGUGGGCCUCUGCAGAUCAGCACAGCCUCUGCUUCCCUCGUGCCCUGCUCUUUAAUGACUGCUGGUGUGAAAAGUAGCCCACCAAACAGUCGCCAGGGAUCAGUCUUACUGGAGAAGGAAUGAAGUAUUUGGGAAAAGCAUGAUGGGAAAUAGAAUAUGAGCUCAAGGUGACCAAUUUUGGCGGUUUCAAAUGUCAGUUUUGCUUUAAUAAAGAAUAAUUUCUUAUUUGCAGUCUUAAAAACACAGAAGUAGAAGAGGCCAAUAGUUUUGAGAUGAAAGGAAAGCAUUUGGAGAUGCUUUGCCUUUUAAUUUUGGAUGUGGUUUUCUGUAAUUAUUUGUAAUUAGUUAUGCUCAAAAUUUAAAACCUGUGACUGUUCUGUGGCUUGAUACUGAUGGAAUGUCACAUUAUCAUCACAUGGUGAGGCAUGAAAUUUAUUUACUUUACAUAAACAACCUCUGCUUAAAACAACUUAAUACAAAACAUUCCUUGCUCAAUGGGCAGCAUUAUGCAGGACUCAGUAUAUCAUUUUGUGUGACCAGCAUAAAAAAUGCCAUCAUUGUUUGUCCAUGACUAGCAUUUACAGUAAACAAAAUGUUUUUGAAUAGAAUAUAAGCAAACUGUAAAAGAGCUGCCAAGAGAUGAAAUCUAGUCAGUAUGCUGCAGUCCAAAACAUGCUUUAUGUGUGUUGAGAAUGAAUGUGUAGGUUGUGAUAUGCAUAUUUUAAAGGAAAAUCUAAUCACUUCAGUGUUUGGAGGAGUGAAGAUAACGUUCUACAAAGGAAAGCUAUUUAAGAUGGUUUGUACAAACGAUAUUAAUAAUUUCUGUUACCCAAAAAAAUAAACAGUGACAUAAAUCAUGGCUGUGACUCUGCUGUCUGAGGCAGAAACAGUAAGGGAGUGUUAGAGAAGAUCAAAUAUUUGCUGUGUAGGAAGGAAACGGCAAAACUAUUUGCAGGCUGUGUCUUCAUAGUCAAAUAAAAGCCCCUUUAUUCUUGUCUGUGUUCACCCUGAUGAGCCCAGUGCCACAGGUGAUCAUCCCCACUAAGGUCAGUUCCAAACGUUCCCAACUUUCAUUUGCUUGUAAUGCAAGGCCUCAAGUUUGCUUCUUUGAAACAUGAGUGGCUGCUCUCCAAGAAACUGGAUCAGGGUUAACUGGAAGGGUUUUGAUCGAACCCAGCUGAGAUCACCACUGAAAGCCAACUGCAGACAUUAGGGACCAGGUAGCACUGAGCUGCAGCUUGUCCGCCCAGCACUGCAGUGCCUUGCACAGAAGGCAGUGGAAACGCUGACCUCUGUGAGCAGCUAUGAAGCGUGGCACUUGGACCUGGUUUGCCACAAGGCAAGAAGAAGACUGACUGUUUUUCUUUGCAGCCAGUUUAAUCUGCUCAAAUUCAUGCAAAAACUCUCCUUGUCUGUGCUCUCAUUGAGCAGGCAAACACCUUUGUUAGUCCAAGAGCCUCAGCUGCAAAUACUUCUAUGAAAAGCACAGAGAUGCAAGUUUUUUUCUCCUAAACAACGCCUUGCUUUAGGCUUAAAAUACAGCCGGAUAAUCUAAUUUUAAUUUAAAACUCCCUGGGCUACAUAGAAAGGCAAUAAAAUGGAGAGACCUGUUGUUGAAGUUCAUUUUCUUGUGCAGGAAGUCUAAACUGGUUCAUCUUGGCUUGUCUGGAAACUUGGCUUUCUGCAUUAAGGGAUUCUCUUCCAAAGUGUUUCAGAGUUCUGUCUGUCGGCUGCCUCGCAGUGCAGAUCUGAACUUGACACUGUUGCCUCUGAAUCCUCAGGCAUUCAGGAAGGUAUUUCCAACUGCAAGUUCUGCAGCCUGCUGAUUUCUGGUAGAGUCAUCUCAAAACAAAUCACAUCGCAGCCACAGGAGUGAGGCAUUCCUUUUUUUACUUCUUGGCCACUUCUGCCUUCUGAUCUGCUUCUGUAGGACUUCUCUUUGUCCAAGAGAACCACGUAUACAUCACAAAGCGCACAGUUCAAUUUUGGAAACAGUGCAAAAUAAAAUGAGGAGAGUUCCUUCUCAAAACAGAAUGGCAAUAAUUGAGUAUUCCACAGUUCAUCCUAAUUUAUGUCAGCUUGAGUUUGGACUUUCUGUUGGGUCUUUGUGUGUAAGCAACUAAACAGGUGGGGUCUGUGCUGCUGGGGGCAGCAGUGAGUGAGAGUAAAUCCAUCUUACAACGCAUUUCUGCCUCAUUUUCAAAUGAAGGAGAAUAAAUCCAUUUCUGGAUUUCAGUUCUUUAAUCUGUUCGGGAAAAGCUGUUCAUGAUGACACGAAAAGAAGUUUCUUAGCUUAGGUGAGGAUCCUUUCAAUGAAAUCCAAGUUAUGCCUUUCAGUCGUCCCACGGUGUGUGUUUGUACGUGGGACUGCACGAAGCAGAGCAGUGCUGUGCACACACCCCACGGCUCGGUCCGACCCACCUGCUCUGUCUGAUCAUAAAGUGUUUCGACUCUCUCCAUGCAGACAAAUCAUUCUGCCCUCCUGCACUCGCAAUCAAAACCAAUUGUAAGCCUGCCCCAAAGCACACGUUAAGGAGAGCAGUGUUGUAUGCUGAUUUUUAGUCUGUGGAUGAAAACCUGUUGCUCAGGCACACUGGCAGCACGUGUUCUCAGUCCGUGCAUGCAGCUCUUUCUUCAGUUCAUAAAGACCUUUGCAGUUCAGAAGAGAUA